AUGAGCGUGGCACUCAGCCGCAAACGUUCGCGCCUGACCAUUGACGAGGACGAGGACGAGGUGCAGCACCGCAGAGAGCCGUCGCCCACUCUGCCAACAUUGGGCGAUGCCCUGAAGAGGUCCAAGACACAAUGUGAACUGGAAGAACUAGACAUGAUCAGUCCGGAAGAGGCUUGGAGUGUGGAUGUCGACGCAAUACUUGCCAGCAACACACUCGCGACUCUACCAAGCAGCAAGCUAGAAGCGCAUAACAAUUGGGCAAGAUACUCAAAACAGGAAUCAAUAAUAGUUUUGUGCGUCCAAGGAAACGUUCAAAUACACUACGAGCUGCUAUGCUCCGCACUCCCUGACCUCUACGCUCUCUCUCCCUCGCUCCAGGCCCUCGUACUCUGCCACGACCCCUCGACACAUAGACUAUCUUCUUCCGCGCCCUUUUCGCUCCCCGUCAUACAAGCCGCAACCCCUUCGAACAACCACUUCGUCCGCCUAGGCCUUCUACAUCCUCUCGGUGGAGGUAAAUUCCCAUUAGAUGCACUGGUCGUGCUGGACAAGCAGAGUAGAAGAAGGCUGGUGCUACCGUUCGGUUGGGGUGCUGGUAAACAUGCGGAUACGCCCGCGGGGCGGAACAUACAGAUGCGAUUGAUGGGACUGCUGAAGAGCUGUGUUGCGACUUUAGUACGGGAACAAUGA